UUGUAAUUAAAUGUCUUCAAUCAUUAUUUUUAUAAUGUAAAUAGCGAAAGGGACAGUAAUUCAAUCAACAUUUUUAAUCAUGAAAGCCCUUUGUGUAAUUUAAAAGAAACAAAAAGGUUAUGUGUUAAAAAAUAUUUACAAAAAUGGAAGGAUUAGUAACACCUACAUCCAUUCUUGGAAUGGAUACCGAUUUAGCAUCGGUGAUGGUUAAAGAAGAAAUUGUUGAUCCUUUAGAAAUACUUCCAGAUCCAUUGGCUGUACCGAAUAAUCCAGAAGAAAUUACAGCAAAUGCAUCAUCUGAAUCAGUUGUAGAAAGUCCAACAACCGGAGAUUUUCUAAAAGUAUGGAAUUCAAAAUGUGUAUUUUGUGAUCGUAUACCACAAACUAGUGAUGAACCAAAAUUAUUGGAGUGUUUACAUUCGGCAUGUACAGCGUGUAUCAACAGCCAGUGUGAACAAACGAAUGAAACAACAGAAUCAAAUGAUUCGAUGGUGGUUUUAUGUAAAUUGUGUGAUAUGCGAAGUACAAUAUCACAGAUAAUCGAAAAUCAAUUUUUACUUGAGUUAAACAGUGCUGAAGCGGAAACAACAGCUGAAAGUGAGAAAGUUGUUGCUGAAAUAAAAUGUAGUUCGUGUAGUGACGAAGCGAUCGCCACUUCAUGGUGUGUUAAUUGUGAAGAAUAUAUUUGUGACAAUUGUGUACAAGCCCAUCAAAGACUCAAGAUCACCAAGGACCAUACAAUCAAACCGAAAGAUGAAAGUUCGAAUUCGAAUAGUGGAACAAGUGUACCGAAAUCAAUGUUCUGCUCGUUACAUUCACAUGAACGUUUAUCGUUGUUUUGUGUGUCUUGUGACAAGUUGACGUGCCGUGAUUGUCAAUUGACUGAGCACCGCGAUCAUAAGUACAAAUUUAUACAUGAGAUUGCUGAAGAAACUCGUGCUUCGAUGGCGAUAUUAUUGAAAGAUGUGAGCUAUAAACGAGUUUUGUUAUCUAGUGCUAUGAAAGUGAUUGACGAUCGACAAAAAUUAAUACAGGAUAAGAAAAAUUCACUGGUUAAAGAAAUUACUCAAAUGGUUGUUAGAUUAACGAACACAAUAAAUGUACGUGGAAAACAAUUAGUAAUGCGGCUAAAUGAAGUAUGUGACUCAAAGCAGAAAACAUUAAAUGAGAAACGUGAGGCAUUAGAUCAACUAUCAAUGUUAACAGAUCAUUGUGUGGGUUUUACUCAACAUGCGUUAGAUCGUGGUAGUGACAUGGCCUUAUUACAUAGUAAAAGGCAUGUAUUAAGUCAUUUGAACCGUAUCAAAAGUCGACGGGCUGAUAUACCAAAUCCAGAGAUACCAGUUCGAAUACAUUUGGCAUUAGAUAAAGUGCCCGAUUUAAUAAAAGUCGUAUCAUCAAUUGGUGCCAUUGUUGUGGAUGGGAAAAUUUAUCCUUCCACAAAUUCCGGAAAUAAUUCUGGUAGUGGACCACACCAAUCACCAUCACCUCAAGCAUUACCUGCCGUAAGUCCGCAAGCUACAAUUACACCAAUAAAUGGACCACAAACGGGACCACCAGGAACACCAAUUGGGCAAGUACCUUUGCAUCCUCUCACUCAAGUGUUUGGACAAAAUCGGCCUGCUGGACAGCAAAUGAUGCAACAACGUCCACCCCAACAUUCCAUGCAAAAUCAACAACGUACACCUCCUUCAAUAGUUCCACGACUACCUUAUCAUCCAAAUGUCCAGCAAGCGCCUGCAGGUCAACAACAACAGGUUGUAAUACGUUUACCUGGCACAAAUAACCAACAAGUGACUUCAUCCACACAUCCACAGGGUAUAAAUCAAGGUAUGGCAGAUGGAUUGAAUCAAAAUCUACGUGGAUUAUUACAAACAGCACCCACAGCGUAUGUGGCCAAUAAUCAAGCAACAUUUACACCACAAAAUCCACAAAAUAUAUACCGUAUCCAAACACAACAGACAAUUCAACAAGGAUAUCGGCAACCACCACCUAGUUAUACGAAUUUUCAGCAACCAGGGAUACCGCAACGGCCACAAAUAAAAUUCCAACAAAAUCCCCAACAAGUUCAAAAUUAUUAUCCACAACAAAUGCAUCAAGUGCAACAACAUCCGCAAAAUCAACAAGCUAUGAACGCUGCAAAUCAACAACAAUUACAUCGAAUGAUGACACCAAAUCAACAACAGAUCAUGGUUGCUAAUUCUAUAGCUGCACGUCAGAUGAGUCAACGGGGACCUAGCCCAAUGAUGAAUCAAGUGGCAGCGGCAGCCUAUCAACAGCAACAGCAAGGGGUAAAUAAUCAACAACAACAAAAUCAAAUGAAUCAAUAUUUGCAACAAAGGCAAGGCCCCCAACAGCAACAACCGCACGUCCAGCAGCAACAGCCGCAUAUGCAACAGAUGCAGCAAGUACAAGUACAACAAACGACAGGUGGCGCCCAAUGGCAUAUACCACAACAAGCAAUGAAUGGUCAAGCGAUGAACAAUCAACAAUAUAAUAGCAAUGAUCAAAAUUUUCAAAAGAAUUCAUUAAAUAACAAUGCAAAACCAGAUGAUUCAUUUAAAAUCACUUUAAAAAACUUGACACCGAGACCCUCACCAGAUACAGCAGCUAAAACUGGUGCGGUGUCGUCGACAAUUCCAAAAACACCAAGUCCAAAUACCACUCAUGGUGGUAAACAUGAUGAUGCUGAACGUAAACUAGAUAAAUUCUGUCAAGAUUCUGUUAAUGAUUUAAUGGCAACCAUUGCCAAAUUGGACAGUAAUGGUGUUCAAGUUUUAGCUGAAAAUCGAACAAAAGGUGGAUCACCACAUGUAGAUAGUUCAACAGACACACGUAAUGGCAGUGCAACAAAUGAAAGGCGUCCAUCAUUAAACAACAAUGUUCAAUCAACAUUAAUAAAGAAUCCUAUGGCCGAAGUAGAAAAAGACGAUCCAAAUGAGGAUUGGUGUGCGGUCUGUAUGGAUGGCGGUGAACUCGUAUGCUGCGAUAAAUGUCCAAAAGUAUUUCAUCAAUAUUGUCAUAUACCUAAUUUAAGUGUAGAGCGUAUGGGUUACAGGGAGAGUGACACAUGGCAGUGUUUGCUGUGUAUGAAUUUUGCAGAUGUACCAAAUACCGCAUUAGGUGAAAAACGUGAACCAGGUUUAAGUCCAAAAGAGAGGAAAAUCGCUGAACGUAUAGUCUUAGAAUUGUAUUGUCAAUAUGAACCAAGUUUACCUUUUAGAGAACUUGUUUCACCUGAGAAUACAGAUUAUCAUACAAAAAUUAAGAAACCAAUGGCAUUAGAAGUUAUUCGACAAAAAUUAGAUUGGAAUUCAUCUGAUCAUUAUACUGAGAUCAUACAACUCAUCACUGAUUUACGACUAAUGUUCCGUAAUGCAUAUAAUUAUAACGAGCGUGGAACACAAGUAUACAAUGAUGCACAAAGAUUAGAAGAAUUUUUAGAUCAACAAUUAGAAAAAUGGUUGCCAGCUUAUGCAUAUGAAGAUCCUUUACGAGACGAUGAAGAUAAGUUAUACCCACCAUUGAAACGUUACAAGCGAAUAGUGUCUGAAUGACAAAAGGAGGAUACUCCAACACCUCCACCACAGCCACCGCCUCCCCCACAAAUUACACAACAACAUCAGCAACAACAACAGCCACAAAUACCACAAACAAAAACUGAAAAUAUCAAUAAUGGUAACAAUCAUCAUGCUACAAAUCAUGAAGGGAGCGGUAUUCAUGAAGGAGCAUAGUGGGACGCUAAUUUAGACUCUUAUGAAACAUUUAUUAAUGUAUUUCUUAAAUGUUAGUCUCAACAAAUUCUUAUAUCAAAAACAAAUUGUAUCAUUAGACGUUUACUAUUUAAUUAAGCACCACGUCUAAAGCAAAAUUCAGUAAGAUAUUAAUACCAUCUUUAUGGACCUGGCCCGUCCCAACCGCGUAUACCACAAUCAAUCGUGUUAUUAAAAGAUCAACAUUUAUAAUCCUGGAAUAUUUCUGAAUUGAAUUUCUUCAUGGUUUUUAUCUACUCUCUGAAGAAUAUCCAAAGGGAAUGCAAAAAUAAUAAAGCGACGACUGUAAUGAUUAUCAUUUCUUCCUAGUAUUGUAUUCUGGAGACUAAAAUUUCAACAGAUAGCAAUUAAAUAUUCGAUUGUGCCUACUACAAUCUCUGUAUUUUUAGGUAGAAUUUUAGCUAAAUGUCAUAGUUAUAGAAAUAACGAAGCAUACGACUAGAAUGUAUUUUCUAAUUAUGCAAUUCAUAAUCAUCUCGUAAUUAUCAAACAUGCACUACUAAAUCUUAAUGAAUUGAUAAUAAUUGCUUUUUACAAAAACACUAAUCCACUGCCGCGUAUUACUAAUCAACUUUUGUAUACUAGGCUCCCAAAUUUUUAAAAGUGUAUUAUACCUCAGCUAAAAGAAAAAAAUUAAUUAUUUUUAGAUUAGAUUUAUGUAUUUGGGGGUUAGUAUUUAACUUUAGCCGCUUGAAAGAUCAAAAUAUUGAUAGUUAAACAUACCUAUCUCUUUUCGAACAAAACUAGAUUGUUGGAAUUUUGAAUUUUUUGACGUUUUAAAAAGAAUCUUUUAUUUUAGGUAGAAUUUUAGCAUAUUACACAUUAUCUCAAUAUUUUGCCAGUGAGUAUCCAACACGUCGCGCUUUUUCAAAGCGGGGAUUUUAUCUCAUUAAAAAUUUUUUUGAUUUUAGCAGUCCAUACAUUGAAAACCAACCAUAUUUGUUGACCGAUUUCACUUUUUGUCAUUUCUUUUUCGGUAUUUUCAUAUUUUGUUAAGAAAUACGGAUAAAAAACUGAAAUCAUAUUCUCUAUUUUGUACCUCAUAAGUUUUUCUUAAAGAAAAAAUACAUGGAUUCUAAAUUUACAGAAAUAGCUUAACUAAAUAAUCAGUUUAGCUAUAAA